UCUUUUCUCUCUGAAGCGGAAAAUGAUGGCGAUUCCGAUGGAGACUCAGCUUCAGAGCAUCUUCGAGGAUGUGGUGAAAACGGAGGUGAUUGAGGAGGCUUUCGCUGGGAUGUUUAUGGACACCCCCGAAGACGAAAGGACAAAACUGAUCAGCUGUUUAGGAGCUUUCCGGCAGUACUGGUCGACUCUUCCUCAGGACUCUCAUGAACAGUGUGUACAGUGGAUUGUGCGCUUCAUUCACAGCCAGCACAGCCCCAAGCGCAUCUCCUUCCUCUACGACUGCCUGGCCAUGGCUGUGGAGACCAACCUGCUACCACCCAGGAUGGUAUGCCAGGCGCUGAUCAGCUCUGAUGCUCUGGAGUGGGAGCGCACUCAGCUUUGGUCUCUGACCUUCAAACUCAUCCGCAAGAUCAUCGGUGGUGUUGAUUAUAAGGGUGUGAGGGACAUGCUGAAGGCCGUGCUGGAUAAACUGCAGACCAUCCCAAACCAGGUCAGCUCGGCUGUGGUGCAGCAGCUCCUGUCUGCACGUGAGGUGGUGGAGUAUAUCCUGGACAGGAAUGCGUGUCUCCUGCCUGCUUACCUGGCUGUGACUGAGAUCCGGAAGCUCUAUCCAGAGGGACAACUCUCACACUGGCUUCUGGGCGGCCUGAUCUCGGACUUUGUGGACAGUUUUCGGCCCACUGCACGGAUUAACUCUAUCUGUGGUCGCUGCAGUCUCCUUCCUGUUGUGAAUAAUUCGGGAGCGAUCUGUAACUCAUGGAAGUUGGACCCUGCAACACUGCGCUUCCCUCUGAGAGGCAUGCUGCCCUACGAUAAGGACUUGUUUGAGCCCCAGACGGGCCUGCUGAGGUACGUGUUGGAGCAGCCGUACUCCAGAGAGAUGGUCUGCAACAUGCUCGGCCUUAACAAACAGCAAAAGCAACGCUGUCCCGUGCUGGAGGAGCAGCUGGUGGACCUGGUUGUGUACGCCAUGGAGCGCUCGGAGACGGAGGAGCAGUUUGACGAUGGUGGUACCAGUCAGCUGCUGUGGCAACACCUGUCCAGCCAGCUCAUCUUCUUCGUCCUGUUCCAGUUCGCCAGCUUCCCACAUAUGGUGCUCUCCCUGCAUCAGAAGCUGGCCGGCCGGGGUCUGAUUAAAGGCAGGGAUCAUCUGAUGUGGGUUCUGCUGCAGUUUAUCUCCGGAAGCAUCCAGAAGAACGCUCUGGCCGACUUUCUGCCCGUCAUGAAGCUGUUCGACCUGCUCUACCCUGAAAAAGAGUGCAUACCGGUGCCGGACAUCAACAAACCUCAGUCCACUCACGCCUUCGCCAUGACCUGCAUCUGGAUCCACCUGAACCGCAAAGCCCAGAAUGAUAACUCCAAAUUACAGAUUCCCAUCCCACACUCGCUCAAACUGCACCACGAGUUUCUGCAGCAGAGCUUGCGCAACAAGAGCCUGCAGAUGACGGACUACAAGAUCGCUCUGCUAUGUAACGCCUACUCCACCAACUCCGAGUGUUUCACGCUGCCCAUGGGCGUACUGGUGGAGACGAUAUACGGCAACGGCACUCAGCGCAUCACGCUGCCCGGCACCAACUGCAUGGCAUCGUGCUCCACCACGCCGCUCCCCAUGAACCUGCUCGACUCGCUCACCGUCCACGCCAAGAUGAGUCUCAUCCACAGUAUAGCCACACGGGUCAUCAAGCUGGCACAUACCAAGUCUAGUAUCGCUCUGGCACCGGCACUGGUGGAGACCUACAGCCGCCUGCUGGUCUACAUGGAGAUCGAGUCGCUCGGCAUCAAAGGCUUCAUCAGUCAGCUCCUGCCUAACGUCUUUAAAUCUCAUGCAUGGGGCAUUCUGCACACGCUGCUGGAGAUGUUUAGUUACCGGAUGCAUCACAUCCAGCCCCAUUAUCGUCUUCAGCUCCUCUCACACCUUCACUCUCUCGCCGCGGUGUCCCAGACCAACCAGAACCAACUGCACCUCUGUGUGGAGAGUACCGCUCUGAGGUUAAUCACAGCGCUGGGAAGCUCUGAGGUGCAGCCACAGUUCACGAGGUUCCUUAGCGACCCGAAGACCGUCCUGUCCGCUGAGUCAGAGGAGCUCAACCGAGCGCUGAUCCUCACCCUCGCUCGUGCCACACACAUCACCGAUUUCUUCACCGGUUCAGACUCUAUACAGGGAACCUGGUGUAAGGACAUUCUGCAGACCAUCAUGAACUUCACACCUCACAACUGGGCAUCGCACACGCUGAGCUGCUUCCCUGCCCCUCUACAGGCGUUCUUCAAGCAGAACAAUGUUCCUCAGGAGAGCAGGUUCAACCUGAAGAAGAACGUGGAGGAGGAGUACAGGAAGUGGAAGUCCAUGACAAAUGAGAAUGACAUCAUCACACACUUUUCCAUGCAGGGUUCUCCACCUCUGUUUCUCUGCCUGCUCUGGAAGAUGCUGCUGGAGACCGACCACAUCAACCAGAUCGGGUUUAGGGUUCUGGAGCGAAUCGGGGCGCGUGCACUUGUAGCACACGUACGGACGUUCGCUGAUUUCCUGGUGUACGAGUUCUCCACAUCUGCAGGAGGUCAGCAGCUCAACAAGUGCAUCGAGAUCCUGAACGACAUGGUGUGGAAGUACAACAUCGUUACUCUGGAUCGCCUAAUCCUCUGUCUGGCUAUGAGAAGUCAUGAGGGCAACGAGGCCCAGGUCUGCUACUUCAUCAUCCAGCUGCUUCUCCUUAAACCCAACGACUUCCGCAACCGCGUCAGCGACUUCGUCAAGGACAACGCUCCGGAGCACUGGCUGCAGAGCGACUGGCACACCAAACACAUGUCCUACCACAAGAAAUACCCAGAGAAACUAUAUUUCGAGGGCCUGGCAGAGCAGGUGAACCCCCCUAUGCAACUCCAGCAGCAGUAUCUGCCCAUCUACUUCGGCAACGUGUGUCUACGCUUUCUGCCCGUCUUCGACAUCGUCAUUCAUCGCUUCCUGGAACUGCUACCCGUCUCUAAGUCUUUAGAAACCCUGCUGGACCACCUAGGAGGACUCUACAAGUUCCACGAUCGGCCCGUGACGUACCUCUACAACACCCUGCACUACUACGAGAGGCACCUACGCGACCGCACCAAUCUGAAGCGCAAGCUCGUACACGCCAUCAUGAGCUCUUUGAAGGACAACCGCACGCCCGGCUGGUGCUUGAGUGAGACCUACCUCAAGUUUGGCAUGAACCCGCGUGAGGACAAUGUCUGGAUCCCUGAUGACACCUACUACUGCAAACUCAUCGGCCGCCUAGUCGAUACGAUGGCGGGGAAAUCUCCGGGUCCGUUCCCAAACUGCGACUGGCGCUUUAACGAGUUCCCAAAUCCAGCAGCUCACGCCCUUCAUGUCACCUGUGUGGAACUGAUGGCCCUGGCUGUGCCGGGGAAGGAUGUAGGAAACGCGUUGCUCAACGUAGUCCUCAAGAGUCAGCCGCUGGUCCCUCGGGAGAACGUGACAGCCUGGAUGAACGCCAUCGGCCUGGUUAUCACUGCUCUGCCCGAACCUUACUGGAUCGUCCUGCACGACCGUAUCGUGAACGUGAUCAGCAGUCCUGCGCUAACGUCCGAGACCGAGUGGGUGGGGUAUCCCUUCCAGCUUCUGGACUUCACGGCGUGCCACCAGUCCUAUUCAGAGAUGUACUGCAGCUAUGUGCUGGCACUGGCACACGCCGUGUGGCAUCACUCCAGCAUCGGGCAGCUUUCCCUCAUACCCAAGUUCCUGUCUGAGGUCCUCAAGCCCCUGGUGAAAACCGAAUUCCAGCUGCUGUACAUCUACCACCUGGUUGGGCCUUUUCUACAGCGCUUCCAGCAGGAGAGAACACGCUGCAUGCUCGAGAUCGGCGUGGCUUUCUACGAGAUGCUGCAGGCCGUGGACCACCACAGUCAGCACAUGGCGUAUAUGGACCCCAUCUGUGACUUUCUCUACCACAUUAAGUACAUGUUCACCGGAGACAGCGUCAAAGACCAGGUGGAGAAGAUCAUCUGCACGCUGAGGACGCCCAUGAAGCUCCGACUCCGUUUCAUCACUCACAUCAGCAAGAUGGAGCCCGCCGCAGCUGCCGCCGCCACCGCGACGUCUGCCUCCCAGCCCACCACAGUCUCAUCUCCUGCUCCACAAACUGUAGCUGGACCUUCCAGCAUCCCACUUUCAGUUCCUCAGUGACCCUCUACCAUCACUGUACUUGUACUACCUUCUCAACCCAAUAAUCUGUCUCUAGUUCCCAUUGACAUCAAACCUUCCAUCUCUGUUCCUCAGUGACCACUACAUUUCGCCCUGGGUUCCAUCCUCUGUGUUCUCCAGAGCCCAGCUACCAAUGAUUUUAUCAAUCCAUACAUGUUCCUCAGAGGUCUUCUUCCACCAUACAUUUCUCCCCAUGCUUCCCAAUGAACUGCAACCAUCCCCUCCCAGAUGAAACCAUUAUUUUUCUAACCAAAUAUGUCAAUGAUCCCAGCAUCCCAAUGUUCCAAAAUUACAUUUACAUUCUCAGCAUUUAGCAGAUGCUUUUAUCCAAAGUGACUUACAGUAUGGUUGACAGUAUAUUGUCCAAGCAAUUGAGGGUUAAGGGCCUUGCUCAAAGGCCCAACAGUGGCAACCUAGCAGUGGUUGGGCUUGAACCAGCAACCUUUUGAUUACUAGUCCAGUACCUUAACUACUAGGCGACAACUGCCCAAAAUUACCUCCCACAAUUCCUCUAUCCAGCCCCAAGUUCCCCAAUGAUCAUUUCAUACCUGAUCUGUAAUGAUCACCUUCUACCAAACCUUAUUCAGUUUUCCAGUGAUCUCUCUGUCCUAUUCUGCCCUCCCUUUAUCUGCUCCAUGAUGACCCACCAACCUUCUGUUUCCAUUCUCCUCCAAACAUUAUUAUUCAUUCUCCACCCACUUUCCUGCCAAGUCUCCCUUCUUGCACUGAAGAUGUUGAUUCUGUCCUAAUCACCAAGUGACAGUAUUAUGCUUGCACUCUACUCGGGAACUAAAUAAGAAGAAAAUGAACAGAAUGAUGAAGAUUUGCUGAAAAUAGUUGAAGGACAAAAUGACAAAGCGACCGAAUCUGUGACUCAUUUCUCAGCUUCAGUUUUAGAAACUGAAGAAACCAGGGCUUUGGAACUGCUGCCACGAAUGCCAGAUUGAGCCCAAGAUGCCAGGCUGAAUAUCAUUUUUAACUUCUGUAAACACAUGGUGGAAGAAUGUGUGAGGGUGGUCGGAUUUUCUUUAAACCAUUUCCUCAUGGCUGUUAGCUUGGUUGUGAGAUAUGAGAGAUGUUUCUUCACACCAUGAUGAGGUAUAAAUAAAUCAAGUCUUCACCUCGUGUCUGAUACUCAAAUCAUGUGGUGUUUCCACCUGGAAAUGUUCUUCAUGAACAAUGCUGAUCUUUUUUAUUGAUUUUUUUUGUGUGUUUUACUGAAAGCAUUUGAAGGUGUUGAGCAGAAUGAUGAAGUGUGUGUUUUUCUGGCUUGGUAAAAUCCAGCUGGUUCCAUCAUGACCUUACUGAUGGAAAAUGUGAAGCGUUUGUAAAAGAGUCGACUGCAGGUCUUCUCCAAAAGUAUGUGGACGCUCAUCCUAAUUAUUCAGGGCUUCAAAUACUUGUAUAAAACAGUUGUAUAAAAGAAGUUUCAUGUCUUUGUCACUUUGUGACAACAGUUUGGGGAAGGCUGUUUCUGGUUUCAGCAUGAUUGUGCUCCGUGAACAAAGCGAGGUCCAAGGAUUUGACGUAAAGAACCAUCAGUGCUGUGUAACCCCAUUCAGCAUAAAUGGAAAGCCAGACCUUCUUGUCCAAAAUCAGCGCUUGACCUUAAAAAUACACUUUGGACUUAACAGACCUGAAUUCCCAUAGAUGCUUUCCAAAAUUUUGGAUGUAUUUAUAUACUGAAGAAGCCAAAACGCUUGUUAAAGGUCUGUAAUUAGGGUCCAUAAUAAUGAAUUCCAACAGUCUGAGUUGCCUGUGGCAUUUUUCCACUUUGCAUUUUGCUGAUGAGCAUCCAACCAGGACUCAAACUUGUGUCCACGUGGUCGUGGGCUGGCAUAUUAGUCUGCUGCCACCCCAAUGCCCCACAUAGGUUCUGGCAUCAUGGGCUGAUAUAAUGACUGACCUCAGUUCUAAGCAGCUAUCAUUUCUCUGGUGGAUGUAAACAAACAGCCACCCGAGAGACGAGGCUCAUUUAGUUUAUGAUGCCAGACCCCGUCUGUGUACAUAACGUCAGUUUUCAGGGUGCAUUACCGAGUGUGUUUAGUAAAUUGACUGACUCCGCACGCUCAUACACACCGAGCAAAUCAACAACACAAGCAGGCACAGCUCCGUAAACGCAGCAUGCCGCUAAUAGCCAGACCGGCUACAUUUCUAUUACAUAAUGUUUCCUGCUACUGACGUUCAUAUUGGUCAUAUCCUCCUCACUGCAGGUUUUAAAUGAGCUGUGAUUUACCUCAUGUGGCUUUAACAGGUCCUCCAGAGUCUGAACGUUACUCGCUCACACACUCACUCUUCAGCAGGUGAGAGAAUUCCAGCGGGACGCUUCUGAAAGAGGCGCCGGCUCAACAGACUCGGACAUUAUUACGAUUACUAAGUUAUAAAAAGAACCAAGCCUAUAGCUACAAUGUGUGGUCAAACAUAUGUGGAAACAUGAGCUGGUUCUCUUUUGGGAAGCCCUUCCACAAGAUUUAGGAGUGUGUCUGUGGGAAUUUAUACUCAUUUGGUUAAAAAAAUUUUUUAUAUUGUGGUUAAUAAAAAUGCAAGGUGUUUUUGUCUUUCAUACAGUAAAUGUAUAUUUUACUAGG